AUGCCCAAGCGAAGAGGAAAGGGUACUCCCCGUCGCAAGGUCAAGAAGGUCCACCGCACCGCCGAUGCCGACGACAAGAAGCUCCAGGCCACCCUGAAGAAGAUGAACGUCCAGCCCAUCCAGGGUAUUGAGGAGGUCAACAUGUUCAAGGAGGACGGCAACGUCAUCCACUUCGGUGCUCCCCGCGUCCACGCCUCCGUCCCCUCCAACACCUUCGCCCUCUACGGUCACGGUGAGGAGAAGGAGCUCACCGAGCUCGUCCCCGGUAUCCUCAACCAGCUCGGCCCCGACAGUCUUGCCUCCCUCCGCAAGCUCGCCGAGUCCUACCAGAACAUGCAGAAGGCUCAGGGCCAGAAGGACGACGAGGAGGAUGACAUCCCCGACUUGGUCGAGGGUGAGAACUUCGAGAGCAAGGUCGAGUAA